CCUACUCCAACUUAGGCCAUUCUCGAUGACGUUUACAGCUGAAUUUGUGCGUAAGAGGAUAGCCCUCUUCCAGGCCCCGUUUUCCGCGUUUUUUAAUUAUUUAUUUCCGUGUAAACUGCAGUCUUGAUAUAAAAACAUUGAUGGUCGAUAAUUUAGCCCUGCGUUGAGGGCCCCGGGGAGAACCGCAAAAGGAUUCUAAAGUCAUACCAGACCUCAGUUUCUAUCCAGCGACAUGGCUCGACCACGGCCGCGGGAAUACACGGCAGGAGAUUUGGUUUUCGCUAAGAUGAAGGGAUACCCGCACUGGCCGGCGAGGAUUGAUGAGCUUCCAGAAGGAGCUGUCAAACCACCUGCCAACAAGUAUCCCAUCUUCUUCUUUGGGACCCAUGAAACUGCAUUCUUAGGACCUAAGGAUCUUCUGCCCUACAAGGAGUAUAAAGACAAAUUUGGCAAGUCCAACAAGAGGAAAGGCUUCAACGAGGGCCUGUGGGAGAUCGAGAACAACCCCGGAGUCAAGUUCACAGGCUAUCAGGCCAUCCACCAACAGAGUUCAUCAGAAACAGAAGAGGGGGGUAAUGCUGCUGAUGGCAGCAGCGAGGGCGAAGAGGGCGACUCCGUUGAGGAGGAAGAUGACAAGGAGAAGCUGAAGGGUGACAAGACCGGAUCCAAACGGAAAAAGACAGCCACCUCCAAGAAAUCCUCCAAGCUGUCGAGGAUCUCAUCUGGAGAGGACGACCUGGAGAAGGAUGGGAAAGAUGACGACCAGAAGAGUGGCUCAGAGGGAGGAGACCCCGACAACGACAUCAUCCAAAAUACCACCGACAGUAAGAACCAGCUGCUCAUAGAAGAACAUUAAGUGAAGAAGGCAUGAAAGGGAAAUCAGUCUUUGUAGCUGUGAUGUUGGAAAGGUGAAUCUACAAUUCGAUUUCUCAUCAGCACCAUCUACUGGCUACCAUUGUCACCUCCACUUCUCUGUCGGACUUCCAGUAUGUGUUUGUAUGAAAGAUGCACCCGUACUGCUGCUGGUAUCAGUCAACAUGUGGAUGCCAGGGUAUAACAGGGCAUUAUGUCACACAGUUUUUUCAGUACUUAAACUAAAUGCCAACGGCCAUGUCAAAAAUCAAAGUAAAGCCUUUGUCAUCUUGAACUCUCUAAAUUAGACAGAUUUGUAAUCACUUUUAUCCAGUGGCUCUGAAUGCUUGUGAGUUUAUGUUAAAUAAACAUGAAGUAUAGGAUAUUUAAAGAGGCAUUAAGGCUUUCUUCAUGCUCUGUUGGCAACCAUUAGAUAACAUUAGCUGUGUGUAUGUGGAGCCGUUUUUCUACUAGGCUUACACUGAUAUCCCAAUCCGAACACAAAUGUGUGAAACUGUAAGGUAUACUGCUUUCAUAAUCUGUUAAGUGACAUUUAUUUGUUAAGCAAUUGGUAGUUUGUGUGGGUGGCUCCCUCCCCCCUUUUAAUAACUGCAAGAGUAGAAUUAAAUCUCUGUAAAAGUGCCUAGUGGCACCAUGCCUAAAAGCUGCGUUGUAUUUUGCACAUCAAAAAAAACAAAAACCCAGUUUAUGAUUUUUUAUUUUUAUUUUACUUCCCCAAAGAGCUAAGGACAGUAAAAGAGAUCUGUGGCUUUAGACCAUUCACAGAGAGGAUAAUGUAUGUGUGUCCGUCUGUGGCAAACAGCAUCACAGGUUGGUUGAUGAUGUUACUGAGUAAAUGACAUGUGUGCUGAUUGUAACUGUAGAUUAAAGAGACUCAGUGAUGGUGGAACAAAAGUUUUUACUGUGAAAAAAUAUUAUUAAACACACCACUUUUAGAAUAGAGUUUGGAUGACUGCCUGGAGCAGAGCGUAUUUUAACCUUAAGAAUUCACAUAAACUAAGCUGACCUUCCUUCUAACAAUGAACCCUAUAAACAGCAUAAAGUAAUGUAGGAAGUAGAGAUAGAACCCACAUGCUUUAUUCUUCUGUCAGCUGGUGGUAAAAGGUCGAUUAGUGAACACAAAUGGCUAUGAAAAUAGAGACAGCAGUUCCGCUUCGCCACAGUGAUGUAAUUAGUUUACAGUAAUGUCACAUUAGACAGACGACCAAAACAGAAAAAAUAAAGCAUCUUAAUGUCAGAAAAAGUGACAGAUAUCAGAAAUAUGAGAUUCAGUAAGGUAGUUGUAUAUGUCAGGCAUAACCCCCAUUUAUUUAAUUUUUUCUAUAUAAUGACACUGAUCAUUGUUCUGCAAUGACAUAACUGUUUUCCAAACUGGCCAUAGGAUUUGGGCCCCUAUAACUAGCAAUACAGUAUGAUUAUUUUAUUCUAUUAAAUUGGCAAUGACUUUGGCAAUUUGCAUUUCCUGCCAGUCAAAUUGGGGGGACUGCUUUCAGCCAGAAUGGGGGGGGCCAUGAAGCAAGGCUAGAGGACCUGGAUUGGCUGCUCUCAUCUAAAGCCUUUUCCACACCUAUCAACUACAUCUCACAGUCUUCAUUGGCGAUUUGAGUUGUUUCUCAGUUUCACAUUGGAAUAAAUAGGAAUUAUAUUGCUUAAUUCAUUUCCCAGAAGGGAAAAAAUGUGCAUCCACAGCCAAUUCACAAUGUCACAUUGCUAGCUAGAGUGAAGUCCGGUGAAGGAGUAAUAUAUUUCUAUAUACCAAAAUGUGUUUAGUUCUUGUUUGAGAAUGAGACUGUUCAGUGUUUAAAUGCAGGAAUGUAUUUUCUGUUGGUACCGGUCCGUACUGAGUUGAGAUAUCCAUGAAUUACAAUUUGAAUUACCAUCAGCCCAGAAGCUAGCGCUACCUUAGCUAGCUGGCCACAACCCUGCUACACUGUGUGUCAUUUUGGAUUCAUACUAAAAAUUAAAAAGAGUGUAACACAGGCCCAUCAACAGGUUAUCUUCACAAAACACAUUUUGGCAAGUUUAAAUGGAUGAAUGUAGACAUGUAUUAGCUAACCUGUGAAAAACCACACCAUUGUCAGUAACACAGCAUCUUCAGGUUUAGCCUAAUAAUAUGUCAGUUAAGUAACUGCUAUUCAAAACAUGACUGUAUUAACAAAGGAAAUGCCAUAUAAAUAAAAUGCAAUGUAAUUUAGGGCUAGUAACAGUACCAAAUUCACAAACAGGAUGUGAUCUGGCUGGCUUUAUCUGUCAGAGUGAAUCACAGGAAUGUUUCAGGCAUAUAACCAGAAUGCCUUCUACAAUUCUAAUGACUUUUUCAUCUAAAAGGUCACUGAACUAUUAAAUUAAUCCCAAACAAUUUUGAUAAUUGAUUAAGUUGUAAAUGUAGAGGAUAGGACAUAUUCAAUAAUCUUCUCAAUCAUUGAUUCAAAAUACAUCAAAUUAUUUAUUUUAAAAGGUACAUUCCGUGAUUUUAUUAUAGCACCCUACAGCACCAACACAUUUCAAGAGUCAGCUCACUAUCCGGCUAUAACAAGCCUCUCAUCACAAAUAAUUAAUAUGAAACAACUGAACAAUGUUGUGUUUCCAUCCAGCAGCUGUCAGUUUGAAUCCAAUCCAGCAAAAAUGUCUUUAAUCCACUGUAGCCUGUAUUAAAUAUCCAGAAACUUUGAACUUGGGAAACUUAACACUGUCAGUGUUGGGAUUUGGGAAAUAUUUUUCACCAUUUUCUGACAUUUUAUGGACCAAACAACUAAUCGGUUAGUUGAGACAAUGACUGGCCGAUUAAUGGAUCAUGUAAACAAUCGUUAGUUGCAGCCAUACUCCCUACAGUGUAUGCAGGGGUCUCCAAUGUGGUGCUUGAGCAACACUUUUAAGGAAGUGUACAAAUGGGUUGCAUUGUGUCAAAACAUUUCAAUACAUUACUUAUAUGUUUUUAUGAAUUCAAAAAGUAUAUUGGGUGUAUUACAUGUUCUGAGCUGACACCAUGCUUCUCUGUUCUGCUCUUCUGCAUUCAGCGGUUAUUCUAUGUGUCCCAUAGGUCCCCAUGGUGACCUCAGCCCUUUCCCCCUUUCUCUGAGUUGCACUUCUAAUCAAUUAAUUGGAUUACCUUCAUUACUGAGUAGAUUUCUCAUAAGGUCCUUCGGUGUUAAUAUCAGGACUAAAGGAAAAAUAACAUUCACACCCACAAUUCCAAAGGCAACACUGUAUUGACUAAAGGUAGAAAUACACAGUUUUUCUGUUGAAAGCCUCAAUUUAACAUGGAUGUUAGAAUACAGUUUUCUAGUAGGCAAUUUUCUCCCUUACGUAGCCCUCACUCUCAAAAAGGUUGGAGACCCCUGACAUAUUGUUGAAAUGCGUAUGUGCAAUGCAACAGUAAAACAGACAGCUUACUGCCUCUUUAAUAAUAGUUGAACAAUGACUCAUUAUAUUUGCUCAGAAGGUCAGUUUUACAGUAGUUUGUGAAAUCUGUGUCACAAUACAAAAUACAGUAUCGGUGCAUCUCCUCUCAGUAUGUGACGUGAUGUCAUUGCGUGUCACAUGUAGGCCAGGUGAAACAGGGAGUUGUGGUGGCGUGUGUUCUUCCCAGUACUUCAUAAUCACACAUAGUGUAGAUAGCCAUCAAUCAGUAUUAAUACUGGCCCGUGCAUACCUAUCUGUAUUGUAUCACUCAUGAUCACCUGUCACUGUGUACAAAUGCAUUUGACCACCAUAUAUAUAUAUACACUCUCCUACCAUCGAUGAUAUAUGUUGGGUAUUGCAGUGUACUGAUCACUCUAGUUGUAGCUUGAAAUUGCUUUUCUACAAGGAUAAUUAUUGGAGGGACUUAUGGGAUAUUCAAUAACUGUCAAACAUUAUCCAUCACCCUAUAUGUUACUCUUUUAUGUAACCAGAAAAAGAGGAAUGGAAAUACAUAGAUAAAUGUAUGAAGUGUUGUGCACAACUGGGUUACACAUUGUAACUCAAUAUUAACUCUAUCUGUAUAUUUUAUUUUGUUGUAGAAUAUAGGACCACUAUUCUACUUGGACUGCUCUAGGUAACAGCUCAUCUUUUUAUGGGAAGUGAUACAUCUGUUCUUCUGUGUAUCUGUGAAAUAGAUCACUGUAUAUUUCAAAGCUUUUUAUAGUGGCAUGCUCUACUGUUGUACUCCAGAUCAUUCUUAUAUGAAAGUGUCCAUUGGUUCUCAGUUUUUGAGAUAUGUGAGGUUAUCAGAUAUUUGUUGGUAUGCGGUUUGUCAGAGUCCACUUUUUUCUUUUGCCUCGUCUCAUCGUCUUAACCUGACAGGAAACUGAACCACAUUACUUUGUAAGGAAACUGAGAGCUGUGAAGAUGGUUUCAUGUGAAGCAUUGUCGACAACAUACAGUGUGAUAAUGCAUUUUGAAAUUGCCAAACAUAUCAUUAUCCCUGUGAGAGUUUACUUAGACUGAUAACAGACGACAGCAGAUUGCUCUGUCUUUUAACUCUGUGCCAGUCGCCUUUGCUUUGCUUCCACUGUUGUCAUGAGAUAUAGACCUAUUUAUUUUUUAAUGAUAGCUGACACCUUCUGUAUGUAAAUUCAUGUUUUUUUUUAUUUCUUUAAAAUCUUUGUUAUGCUUGUAUUUGGAACAUGUUUUGCAUUUUCAAGGUUUGUAAUUUACUGUAAACUGUUUUUGCUGUUUAUGGAUGAGACUUUUACAAAAUAAACUCAUCGGAAUGCA